AUGGCAGACGGCAGUCAAACAAUCCGGAUGAGUCAAGAAGGGUCCUUGAGCGCAAAAUUGGCAAACUUAGAGAAAGGAAAGGCGUGUUUGAACUGCAGGCGUCGUAAAGUGAAGUGCGAUGGUCGUCGUCCAAUUUGCACUCCUUGCUCCAAGUUUCUUCGAGGCGGUCUCCAUGAUUGUGAAUAUACCGAUACUGGCCCAACUCAAGCUCAAGUUCUCGAGGAAAAGAUAUCGAUUCUAGAGUCAAGGAUUCAGGAGAUGGAAAGCCCUUUCCAAGCUGGGAGCUCAGUCGGACUUCAUAACCCAUACUAUCCGGGACAAGGCCACUCCACACAUCCGUCUCUUGAAGGGACUCGUCCACGCACCCCAGGUGUUAUUUUUUCGAAUCCUACAAUGCCGGCUGAACGGUCGGGGCCUGAAUCAAUUGCCCUCGCAAGGACCCUCAUCCUUUCUUUCGGGGCUAAUUCAUCUUCAUUCGGCCUUUUUUUCCUCGAUCCACGUCUUUUCGAUCCGCUUUUCCAAGAACAUGGCUCUCAUCGAAGUCAGGGACCUUCCGCUGCUUUGUUGGAUACUGUCUGCCUAUGGGGCGCACACUUGCAACCCAAUAUCGAGCCAGAGACGGCCAUGCACGAGUCGCGUUUUCUCGCCGCUGCUCUCCAUAGUGUUUCGACUGGCCUCACGAACGCAUAUACUCCCGGCGCCAUUCUUCAAGUACUGCAAGCUCAUAUCCUUCUUGCUGCUUACCUGUUCCGAGUGGGCAGAGCUGUUGAAGGACGAUAUCAUGCUGGCGUUGCAGUCAGCAUCGUCAUGGCCGCGGGACUGUGGCGUAUAAGAUCGGGGAGAAACCUUUCCAUGGCGGUCGGGAAUGUUUCCUCCAGCUUGAACCCGUUGGACGAACUGACCCCUGCAGUCACUGGGUUGGAGGAGGGGCAACGUAUCGAUGCAUUUUGGAGUGUUGUCGUCCUUAAUGCGAUAUGGUGCCAGGAUCCAGGCAUUGCACUAGCUCCUCCGAGUUUGGAGUAUGGAAUUGUCGAUACGCCGUGGCCUUUAGAGAAGGAGCAAUACUCUGGGGACGCUCGCGCUUUACCAGAGCAGAGUGCGCGCACAAUUGCCAAGUUUAUUGGCGACAGUGACCAGACUAACCAUCCUCAAAGCACGAACGUCUCGGCUCUGUUUGCAAAAGCAGCCAUUAUAUAUGAGCAAGCUGUGAGGAAACAAGGAAACCUUCAAGUGUUGAAUCAAGUCUUGGAGAAAAUAACGAGGAUUGUGGAGCGCGUCGAUGUCAAUCCACGGACAUUGCUUCUACACUCGCUCGUUCACGCCGGUAGCAUCGCCCUUCAUGCACAAUCUUCGAGAACAAAAUCAAUGGCGGCGGCUUCAGCCAUCGUCAGACUCGUUCGUACGGCCGGGGUAACGGGUUAUCGUGAUGCGUGUCUUGGGACUAUUUGGAGCUCUGCAUGCGACAUAUUCCUCUUGGCCCUCCCUUCCGACCCGCGCAACCGCGCUUGGCACGAAGGAGUCGAGGCGCUUUUAUCGGCUUUAGAAGCGCUGAAGCGCCAAGGGUGCACGCUCGCAACAUUAGAGAGCCUCAAAACGCGCUACGCGGUUAUUGUGCAGACCCAUAGAAGACGAGGAGGUUGA